AUGUUCCCCAGAGUCCGCAGCGCGGUCCCCAACUCGGAGCUCUACAGCUCUUGGCACUGCUACCAGGACGCCAAAGGCUUUCCUUCCUUCCUUCCGCUAAAGUUAGACUGCAGACUGAACUUCCUGAGCAGUGAAGCUAGAGGCGGGCCAGCCCUGGCCCUGCACGCCAGCGCGGUGCAGACCCACGAGGGCUCCCGCCAAGAAGGCCUCCCCCUCACCCCAGGCCCAGCACGAGGGGCCCAGGAUGCGGCUAACCCCGAGAGCUUCGGCCUCUACUUCGUGCUGGGCGUCUGUUUCGGCCUGCUGCUGACCCUGUGCCUCCUGGUCAUCAGCAUUUCCUGCGCACCCCGCCCGCGGCGGCCACGCGGCCCGCCGCCCCACCGGGACCCCCGCAGCAGCACCCUGGAGGCGGAGGACGAGGACGAGGACGACGAGGAGGACACGGUGACGCGGCUGGGCCCCGACGACACGCUGCCGGGAGCCGAGCUGUCCCAGGAGCCGGACGGGCCGCUCAGCGUCAACGUCUUCACCUCGGCCGAGGAGCUGGAGCGCGCGCAGCGGCUGGAGGAGCGCGAACGGAUCCUGCGGGAGAUCUGGCGCACCGGGCAGCCGGACCUGCUGGGCACCGGUACGCUGGGGCCCGGCCCCGCGGCCACCGGAACCCUGGGCCGCAUGCACUAUUACUGACUGGCGACCUGCCUGGGCCGCAUGCACUACGACCGCCCCCUGGGCCUGGACAUUGCAGAUACACGCUGAGCGGCCCCAGGGCCUUGGGACUGCUGCCACCCACGGUGCUAUGGAGGCCGCGCGGCCUCGGCUUCCCGGGUGCUCUUGGGCCUGGCUCCCUCAUCCUCCGGGAGGCACCCUUCCCCAGUCCUGCCAGAAGGCCAGGGGGGUGGGCAGGAGGCGGGGUCCCCAUUAUCCCCCAGGGGACGAGGAAGAAGUGACCAAUGAAAGUUACAUUCUCAGUGAA